GCUCUCUUCAGUAAACAUUCCAAGCCACCUCUAAAGAAAAAUGGGGAGAGCACAAAAGAGGAAAAUCAAGGGGAACAAAACAUCGCUUGGUGUGGACGCUGCUUUUGAAGCUGAAGAUGACAAAGCUUACCUCUUCAAAGGCAACCAGUAUAAUUAUAUAAAUUACGAGAAGAGAUCCUCCAUCACCAGUGGUACCAUAACUGAGAAAUUUUCUUGCUUGAAAGAUACCAAAUUUGAAGAUGGAAUAGAAGCAGCCUUUGCUUCCCACAAGAAAGGUGAGGCUUACCUUUUUAAAGGAGAUCUCUGCGCACUCAUCAACUUUGAUGACAACUGCCUUGUUGAAGUGGACACAAUUGGAAACAAGUGGCACAACUUUGGAAGCUUGGUGCCCUGCAAGAACGUGAUGUGCACCUGAACUCUUGCCUAUUUUAAGGUGUUGCAGUUGGCAGUUGAAAUUUUUUGGGGUGGGAUCCUGGUGGUUCUUAGUAGUAAGAUAUCUGCAUUUCACAGUUCGUGUCUUUCUGCAGUUUGUUUCCAGUAUUUUGUUUCUCGUCGUAGUAGUAUGAUGUCUGCACUUCGUUGUUUUCUUUGAGUUUCAUUUGGGUGUCUAUGUGGCUUAGAAUUAUUUGAAAUUUCAUGUUUCUUUCUUAAAUUUUCUGCAUUUUUUUA